CAGGACGCCGACUCCUUAGCUGAGGCUCCCAUUCGGAACUCAGACACCGACGCGACAACAUCGCAGCCACUGAGUUCCCAGGGAGAGAGAGAGAGUCCGCUGCAUCCUGCUGCUAACAGCAUUCAAGAUUGCUUCUUUUGCAGCCUGAUUUUGAAAUAGAAAAAAAGAACCUUCGGAUCUAUGAUAACCCUAAGUGGAAUUAUACAACUGUAAAUCAGAAGAGAAGGAAUGCAUUAUCUCUCUGUUAAACUGGCACUUCUGUUGUCAUUGACUGCAUUAUCCCGAGGUUUACGAUGUUCUCUGCCCACUGAAACAUGUCUGAAUGGAGGGAGGUGUGAAGCGACCCCAGAUGGCAACGGGGAAUGCAAAUGCCCGGACAGUUUUGUGGGGAGCCGCUGCCAGUUUCCCAACCCCUGCAUCUACUCGCCGUGCAAGAACGGCGGGUCCUGCCGCGCGCUCGUCCGCGACAACACCGCCGACUUCGCCUGCUCCUGCCGGCUGGGCUUCUCCGACCGCCUGUGCCUGACGCCCACCCACAACGCGUGUGUCAGCGCCCCCUGCCGCAACGGCGGCACCUGCGACCUCGUCAGCCUCAAGGAGUACAGGUGUCGCUGCCCGCCAGGGUGGUCAGGCAAACAAUGUCAGCAAGCAGACCCAUGUGCCUCGAACCCCUGUGCCAACGGUGGCCAGUGCAUCCCAUUUGAAUCCCAUUACAUCUGCACCUGCACCCCGUUCUUCACGGGCCAGACCUGCAAGCAGGACGUGAAUGAGUGCGCCCUGAGUCCCUCCCCCUGCAAGAAUGGGGGCAUGUGCAUCAACCAAGUGGGCUCCUACCACUGCAACUGCCCCCAGGAGUACACGGGCAUGCACUGCGAGGCCCCCUACCUGCCCUGCAGCCCGUCUCCGUGCCACAACGGGGGCACCUGCGUCCAGAAGGGUGACUCCACCUACGAGUGCACCUGCCUGCCAGGGUUCACCAGCCAGAACUGCGAGCACAACAUCGACGACUGCCUGGAGCACCGCUGUCAGAACGGGGGCACCUGUGUGGACGGCGUGAACACCUAUAACUGCCAGUGCCGGCCCGAGUGGACAGGCCAGUUCUGCACCGAGGACGUGGACGAGUGCCAGCUGAUGCCCAACGCGUGCCAGAACGGCGGUACCUGCCACAACACGCACGGCAGCUACCACUGCGUCUGCGUCAACGGCUGGACGGGCGACGACUGCAGCGAGAACAUCGACGACUGCGCCAACGCCGCCUGCUACAGCGGCGCCACCUGCCACGACCGCGUCGCCUCCUUCUUCUGCGAGUGUCCCCACGGCCGCACGGGCUUGCUGUGUCACCUAGACGACGCCUGCAUCAGCAACCCGUGCCAGCGAGGCUCCAACUGCGACACCAACCCCGUCAACGGGAAGGCCAUCUGCACUUGCCCCCUGGGUUACUUCGGCUCCGCCUGCGACCAGGACGUCGACGAGUGCUCCCUGGGCGCCAACCCGUGUGAACAUGCCGGGAAGUGCCUGAACACCAAGGGCUCCUUCCAGUGCCGCUGCCUGCAGGGAUACUCGGGGCCGCGCUGCGAGAUGGACGUCAACGAGUGCAUGUCCAACCCGUGCAGGAACGACGCCACCUGCCUGGACCAGAUCGGGGGCUUCCACUGCAUCUGCAUGCCAGGUUACGAGGGAGUCUUCUGCGAGAUCAACACAGAUGAAUGCUCCAGCACGCCGUGCCUGAACAACGGGAGGUGUGUGGACAGAAUCAACGGCUUCCACUGCGAGUGUCCCAAAGGAUUCUCCGGGAACUUGUGCGAGGUGGACUUCGACGAGUGCGCCAGCACACCCUGCAAGAACGGGGCCAAGUGCACCGACGGGCCCAACAAGUACACCUGCGAGUGCGCCGAAGGAUACACGGGCGUGCACUGCGAGACGGACAUAAACGAGUGCUACUCGGACCCCUGUCACUACGGUACCUGCAAGGACGGCCUGGCCUCCUUCACCUGUUACUGCCGGCCGGGGUACGUGGGACGCCUGUGCGAGACCAACAUCAACGAGUGCCUGAGUCAGCCGUGCCAGAAUGGGGGCACCUGCCAGGACCAGGAGAACGGCUACGUCUGUACCUGCCCCAAGGGCACCACAGGACAGAACUGCGAAGUCAACCUGGAUGAUUGCAAGAGCCGGCCGUGCGACUAUGGCACCUGCAUCGACAAGAUCGAUGGCUAUGAGUGUGUGUGCGAGCCCGGCUACGCAGGAACAAUGUGCAACAUCAACAUUGACGACUGCGCACCUAACCCCUGUCACAACGGCGGGACCUGUCUCGAUGAAAUCAAUGGGUUCACCUGCGUGUGCCCCGAGGGCUACCACGAUGCCAUGUGUCUCUCUCAAAUCAACGAGUGCAUCAGCAACCCAUGUAUCCACGGAUACUGCGAGGAUGAGGCCAAAGGUUACAAGUGCAUCUGUCAUUCUGGCUGGAGUGGCCAGAACUGUGACAUCAACAAAGAUGAGUGCGAGUCCAACCCCUGCGUCAAUGGUGGCACCUGCAAGGACAUGACAGGCGGCUACGUGUGCACGUGCCGCGUGGGGUUCAGCGGCCCUAACUGCCAAACGAACAUAAACGAAUGUGCGUCCAACCCCUGCUUGAACCAGGGUACCUGCAUUGACGACGUGGCUGGAUACAAGUGCAACUGCUUGCUGCCGUACACUGGUGAGAACUGCGAGAGCUUGCUGGCUCCCUGUAACCCGAAACCCUGUAAGAAUGGAGGCAUGUGUCAGACAUCAGAGGACUACGAGAGGUUUUCCUGCGUGUGCCCCGACGGGUGGCAAGGUCAAACGUGUGAGGUGGACAUCAACGAGUGUGUGAAGAGCCCCUGCCGUAAUGGGGCCACAUGCCAGAACACUUUGGGGGGGUACCGCUGCAGCUGCAGAGCCGGCUUCACGGGACGUAACUGCGAGACGGACAUAGACGACUGCAAGCCCAACCCUUGCAGGAACGGGGGCUUCUGCAGGGACGAGGUGGACGGAUUCACCUGCACCUGCCUGCCCGGCUUCCGGGGCCUCAAAUGCGAGGAGGACAUCAACGAGUGCGACAGCAACCCCUGCAAGAACGGCGCCAACUGCACCGACUGUGUCAACAGCUACACGUGCACCUGCCCGGCGGGUUUCAGCGGCAUCCACUGCGAGAACAACACGCCCGACUGCACGGAAAGCUCCUGCUUCAAUGGUGGCACGUGCGUGGAUGGCAUCAACGCCUUCACCUGCCUGUGCCCACCAGGCUUCAUGGGCAGCUACUGCCAACAUGACAUCAACGAGUGUGACUCUAGGCCCUGUCUGAACGGGGGCACCUGCCAGGACACGUACGGCACGUACAAGUGCACCUGUGCCCACGGCUACACCGGGCUGAACUGCCAGAACCUGGUGCGCUGGUGUGACUCGUCACCCUGCAAGAACACGGGCACCUGCUGGCAGACGGGCACGUCGUACAGCUGCGAGUGUCAGAGCGGCUGGACGGGCCUCUACUGCGACGUGCCCAGCGUGUCCUGUGAGGUGGCGGCCAAGCGGCAAGGCGUGGAUGUAACUCACCUGUGCCGGAACUCUGGCCAGUGCCUGGAUGCUGGGAACACCCAUUACUGCCGAUGCCAGGCCGGAUACACGGGCAGUUACUGCGAGGAGCAGGUGGACGAGUGCCUCCCCAACCCCUGCCAGAACGGAGCCACCUGCACAGACUACCUGGGGGGAUACUCCUGCGAGUGCGUGCCAGGGUACCACGGGGCGAACUGCUCUAAGGAGAUCAAUGAGUGCCUCUCCCACCCCUGUCAAAACGGAGGCACAUGCAUCGACUUAAUCAAUACCUACAAGUGCUCCUGUCCCCGAGGCACACAAGGCGUCCACUGCGAGAUCAACGUGGACGACUGCACGCCCUUCGUGGAGCCGCUGACCCGCGAGCCCAAGUGCUUCAACAACGGCAAAUGCGUGGACCGCGUGGGCGGCUACAGCUGCGUGUGCCCGCCGGGCUACGUGGGCGAGCGCUGCGAGGGUGAUGUCAAUGAGUGCCUGUCCAACCCCUGCGACCCCCGCGGCACCCAGAACUGCAUCCAGCUCACCAACAACUACCACUGCGAGUGCCGCACUGGAUACACAGGCCAGCGCUGCGACACCGUGUUUGACGGCUGCCAGACCAAGCCCUGCCGCAAUGGGGGCACCUGCGCCGUGGCCAGCAACACGCCCCGAGGCUUCAUCUGCAAGUGCCCACCGGGCUACAGCGGGUCCACAUGCGAAAACGACGCCCGCUCAUGCGGCAGCCUGCGGUGCCGGAACGGGGGCACGUGCGUCUCGGGACAGAAGAGCCCCAAGUGCCUGUGCCCGGCAGGCUUCACGGGGCCCGAGUGCCAGCACGCCACUGAGGGGCCCUGCAGCUCCAGCCCCUGCUACAACGGGGGCACAUGCGAGCCAGUGGCUGAGGCGCCCUUCUACCGCUGCGUCUGCCCUGCCAAUUUCAACGGGCUGCUCUGCCACAUCCUGGACUACACGUUCGGGGGCGGGUUCGGGCGUGACAUCACACCGCCGCCCGAGAUCUCGGUCAGCUGCGAGGUCACGCAGUGCGAGGGCCGCCGCGGCAACGAAAUCUGCGACAGCCUGUGCAACAACCACGCGUGUGGCUGGGAUGGCGGCGACUGCUCGCUCAACUUCGACGACCCCUGGCAGAACUGCUCCGCGGCGCUGCAGUGCUGGCGCUACUUCAACGACGGCAAGUGCGACGAGCAGUGCGACAACGCAGGCUGCCUCUACGAUGGCUUCGACUGCCAGGACACCGAGGGCCAGUGCAACCCCCUGUAUGACCAGUACUGUAAGGACCACUAUGCGGACGGCCACUGUGACCAGGGCUGCAACAACGCCGAGUGUGAGUGGGACGGCCUGGACUGCGCCGACAACGUGCCGGAGAAGCUGGCUGACGGCAGCCUGGUCCUGGUGGUGCACAUAGCUCCGGAGCGGCUGAGGAACGACUCGGCGGCCUUCCUGCGCGAGCUCAGCCGCGUCAUCCACACCAACGUGGUGUUCCGGCGUGACGCGCGGGGCAACCCCAUGAUCUUCCCGUACUAUGGAAGCGAACACGAGCUCCGCCGCCACAAGAUCAAGCGCUCGACCAACGGCUGGGGCCCCCGUGCCCCCGCGGUGUCCGGCCGUGGUGCCACACUUGGCGCCCGGCGCCGCAGGGAGCUGGAUCAGAUGCAGAUUAAGGGGUCCGUGGUGUACCUGGAGAUUGACAACCGCCAGUGUUACCUGCAGUCUGACGACUGCUUCCAGAGUGCCACCGAUGUGGCCGCCUUCCUUGGAGCACUGGCCUCCAGUGGCCACUUGAACGUGCCCUACAUCAUCGAGGCCGUUACCAGCGAGAACAAGACCCCGGCGUCUUCGGAGCUGUACCCAGUCUAUGUGGUCUUGGCGGCCGUGGUCCUGCUGGCCUUCCUCGGCGUGGGAAUGAUGGUCUCCCGUAAGCGGCAGCGCGAGCAUGGGCAGCUCUGGUUCCCCGAGGGGUUCAAGACCACCGAGCCCAACAAGAAAAAGAGGAGAGAACCGGUUGGGGAAGACUCCGUGGGACUCAAGCCACUGAAGAACUCCUUAGACGUGUCCCUGAUGGACGACAACCUGAACGAGUGGGAAGACGAGGCAAUGUCAGACACCAAGCGUUUCAGGUUUGAGGCUGCGAUGCUGGACUUAGAUGACCAGACCGAUCACCGGCAGUGGACCCAGCAACACCUGGAUGCGGCAGAUCUGCGCAAUCCAUCCAUGGCACCCACGCCCCCACAGGGCGAGAUGGAAAACGACUGUAUGGAUGUCAACGUCCGUGGUCCAGAUGGCUUCACGCCCCUGAUGAUCGCGUCCUGCAGCGGCGGCGGCCUUGAGACCGGCAACAGCGAAGAGGAGGAGGACGCGUCUGCCAACGUCAUCUCGGACUUCAUCUACCAGGGGGCCAACCUCCACAACCAGACGGAUCGCACGGGCGAGACGGCGCUGCACCUCGCGGCCCGCUAUGCCCGCUCCGAUGCCGCCAAGCGCCUCCUGGAGGCUAGCGCGGAUGCCAACGUUCAGGACAAUAUGGGCCGGACCCCCCUGCAUGCCGCUGUGGCCGCGGACGCACAGGGAGUCUUCCAGAUUCUGAUCCGAAAUCGGGCCACAGACCUGGAUGCCCGCAUGCACGACGGAACCACCCCACUCAUCCUGGCAGCCCGUCUGGCCGUGGAAGGCAUGGUGGAGGAGCUCAUCAACUGCCACGCCGACGUCAACGCGAUCGACGACUUCGGAAAAUCUGCCUUGCACUGGGCAGCUGCAGUGAACAAUGUGGACGCCGCUGUGGUCUUGCUGAAGAAUGGCGCCAACAAGGACAUGCAAAAUAACAAGGAAGAGACGCCUCUCUUCCUCGCCGCCCGGGAAGGAAGCUACGAGACCGCCAAAGUCUUGCUGGAACACUUUGCCAACCGGGAGAUCGCCGACCACGUGGACCGGCUGCCUCGAGACAUUGCGCAGGAGCGCAUGCACCACGAUAUCGUGCGGCUCCUGGAUGAGCACAGCCUGGUCAGGAGCCCCGCUAUGCACAGCGGCCCCAUGAGCGCCACGCUCUCCCCGGCGCUCUGCUCCCCCAACGACUACCUGGGAGGCAGCAUGAAAACCUCGAGCCAGGGCAAGAAGGCGCGCAAGCCCGGCGCCAAGGGCGUGUGCGGCAAGGACAGCAAGGACAUGAAGGCCAGGAAGAAGAAGAUCCAGGACGGGAAGUGCAGCUUGCUGGACAGCUCUGCCGUGCUCUCGCCCGUGGACUCCCUGGAGUCUCCACAUGGAUACAUGUCUGACGUCGCUUCCCCACCCAUGAUGAACUCCCCCUUCCAGCAGUCUCCCAUGUCCCUCAGCCACCUCCAGGGCAUGCCUGACAUCGGCGUCAGUCACCCGGUCAUGGCGGGCAAGCAGGACCUGGCUCAAAUGCAGUUUGACCUGGUGCCGCCCCGUCUGUCCCACCUACCAGUGUCUAGUCCCAGCAGUUCUGGCUCCAUGACGAUGGCAAUGGGCGGGGCAGGUGGUGCCAUGAACAGCCAGUGCGAUUGGCUCUCCAGGAUGCACGCUGGUCUAAGCCAGCAGGCAGUCUUCAACUCCAUGCGUGGAGCAGGAGGAGGGCAGCACGGCAUGGUGCCCCCGCUGCGUGGAGACCGUCCCACCACCACGCUCUCUCCGAUGAUGGGCUACCAGGGCAUGCAGAACAGCCACCUGACAACGCAGACUCACCUCAUGCAGGUGCAGCAGAUGGCACCGGUGCAGCAGAACCUGCAGCAGCUGCAGCAGAGUCUUCAGCUCCAGCACCAGAACUCCAACACUGCCACUGGCGGCCACAUCAUCAGCCAGAAUUUUAUCAGCAGUGACCUGAGCAGCUCAGACCUACAGCCCGUGUCGGGCAGCAGUUUGCCCGUCCACACCAUCCUGCCCCAGGAAGCACAGAUGCUGCCCUCAUCGCUCGGCCAGACCAUGGCCAGCACGCAGUUCCUCACUCCACCUUCUCAGCACAGCUACUCCACCCCAAUGGACAAUACCCCUAGUCAUCAGAUACAGGUGCCUGAUCACCCAUUCCUGACGCCCUCCCCUGGAUCCCCUGACCAAUGGUCAAGCUCCUCCCCGCAUUCCAAUAUGUCUGAUUGGUCAGAAGGCAUCUCCAGUCCUCCAACCAGCAUGCAGUCACAGAUUGGACUUGUUCCAGACCAGUUUAAAUAG